CUAGACUCUAAAUUGUCCUUGCCUUUAUUAAGUGGACAACAUUCAUUAUUAAGCCAGCGUCACAUAAAUUUCAUUCCAUGACGCUACAGUUGAUACGCAUUAUACGCAAUUCAUUUACAUGUAAUUUACAAAACAGAAAAUAUUAUAAUUUAAAUCGCCAUUACACAUCGUUACGCGAUCACCGUUAUACGAAACAAGAGUUCGUGGCGAUCAAACGGGAGAGGGGGGUACGUUACGGCACGAGCGGUGCGGGUGCGGUUGCAACGCGAGUUCACUCUGUCACUCGGUCAUUACGGUAUUUCUCAGUUGAGCGUCCCACAUUACCGAUCUUGAAAGAAAAAGUGACAAUGCCCGAAAACAAACCGUUCCAACGACUUCCUAAAAAUGUCGUACCAAAACAUUAUAAAUUACAAUUGGUUCCUAAUCUCGACAAAUUUACUUUUAGUGGAAAGACAGAAGUGAAAGUAUCGAUCGUGAAUUCUACCAAAGAAAUUGUACUCAAUUGUUUAGAUUUGGAGUUGACUAGCGUGAAAUUGGAAUAUGGGGACGGAGGCGCCAACCCGGCGCUCUCUCCUUUGGAAGUGCGGCUUUCAGCAUCGGAUGAGACUGCAGUUAUUGUGUUCGAAAAGGCUCUUCCCGAAGGUGAUGCCACACUGUACUGUGAGUUUACUGGCGAAAUCAAUGACAAAAUGAAGGGUCUUUACAGAAGCAAAUAUCUUACUCCCAGCGGCGAAGAGCGCUACGCUGCUGUCACUCAGUUUGAGGCUACAGAUGCACGCAGAUGUUUUCCAUGCUGGGAUGAACCUGCUAUCAAAGCCACUUUCGACAUUUCAUUAGAAGUUCCGGCGGAUAGAGUAGCUCUUUCAAAUAUGCCCGUAAAGGACGAAAAGGUAUUAGGGGACAAAAAAUUAGUUCACUUUGAUACGACUCCAAUAAUGUCCACAUAUCUUGUGGCAGUAGUGGUGGGCGAGUAUGACUUUGUUGAAAUGACAUCUCGAGAUGGAGUCCUAGUUAGAGUUUACACACCGGUGGGUAAAAGCAAGCAAGGAUUAUUUGCACUGGAAGUUGCUGCCAAAGUUCUACCAUAUUAUAAAGAGUAUUUUGAUAUUGCAUACCCCUUGCCGAAGAUUGAUUUGAUAGCCAUUGCUGAUUUUUCUGCUGGUGCAAUGGAAAAUUGGGGCUUAGUGACAUAUAGGGAGACUUGCCUAUUGGUAGAUGAAGAACAUACCUCAGCAGUGAGAAGGCAAUGGAUAGCACUCGUAGUUGGUCACGAGUUGGCACAUCAAUGGUUUGGUAAUCUGGUUACUAUGGAGUGGUGGACACACCUUUGGUUGAAUGAAGGGUAUGCUUCCUUUGUUGAAUUCCUGUGCGUGAAUCAUCUGUUCCCUGACUAUGAUAUCUGGACACAAUUUGUAACGGAGACCUAUAUUCGGGCUUUAGAAUUGGAUUGCUUGAAAAAUUCACAUCCAAUAGAAGUGCCAGUGGGCCACCCAUCUGAAAUAGAUGAAAUAUUUGAUGACAUAUCAUACAACAAAGGUGCUUCAGUGAUUCGUAUGUUACACAGAUAUAUUGGGGAUGAUGAUUUUCGUAAAGGCAUGAACAUUUAUCUUACACGACACCAGUAUAAAAAUACUUUUACUGAAGACUUAUGGGCAGCAUUAGAAGAGGCUUCAAACAAACCUGUAGGUGCUGUAAUGUCAACUUGGACCAAACAAAUGGGCUUUCCAGUGGUGCAGGUGUGUUCCGAACAAAGAGGAGCAAAUCGUAUCUUGAAAUUGACUCAAGAGAAAUUCUGUGCUGAUGGUAGCCAAGGUGGUGAUACACUAUGGAUGAUACCAAUAACUAUAUCAACACAGGAGCAGCCCUCAAAGGUUGCUCUGUCAACUGUACUAGAUAAAAGAAGCCAAGAAGUUGUGUUGGAGAAUGUUGCCGAAAGCUCAUGGGUCAAACUCAAUCCUGGAACUGUGGGGUACUACCGCACGCGCUACCCGCCCAAAAUGUUGGAACAGCUAGUGACGGCUAUCCGCGACGGCUCGCUACCGCCGCUCGACCGGCUGGGCCUGCUCGACGACUGCUUCGCACUUGUCCAAGCCGGACACACUCAAACUGCAGAGUCGUUAAAACUUAUGGAAGCAUUUGUUAAUGAAGAUAACUUCACAGUUUGGUCUACAAUCUCGAAUUGUUUGUCUAAAUUGGCGGCUCUGUUCUCGCAUACAGCUCUGGAUAAACCUUUGAAGAACUACGGCCGAAAACUUUUCUCUGGCGUCACUAAAAGAUUGGGUUGGGACGCGGCGGAAAAUGAAAGCCAUCUCGAUACACUUUUAAGAAGUUUUGUACUGAACAAAAUGAUUAGUUUUGAAGAUCCCACCACUAUAAAAGAGGCGAAAAUUCGUUUCGAGAAGCACGCUGCGGGCGUGUCCACGCUGCCGGCGGACUUGCGGUCUGCGUGCUACCGCGCGGUGCUGGCGGAGGCGGACGACGCGACCUUCCAGCGCUUCCUGCAGCUGUACCGCGCUGCUGACCUGCACGAGGAGAAGGACCGCAUCAGCCGCGCGCUCGGCGCCGUCAAGGAUACAGAACUCUUGAAACGUGUGCUGGACUUUGCUAUAUCGGAUGAAGUCCGCUCCCAAGAUACUGUAUUUGUGAUAGUAUCGGUGGCCGUAAGUAAGAACGGGCGCGACCUCGCGUGGCAAUUCUUCAAGGAUCACUGGCAGGAAUUUAUGGACCGCUACCAGGGUGGUUUCCUACUGGCUCGCCUGGUGAAAUCGACGACGGAGAACUUUGCUUCGGAGGCGAGUGCCCAGGAGAUCGAGGAGUUCUUCCGCACGCACCACUCGCCUGGUACGGAGCGGUCUGUGCAGCAGGCGCUGGAGACGGUGCGCCUCAACGCCGCCUGGCUACGUCGCGACCUCGCCUCCACCGACGCAUACCUCAAGCCAUAUCACUAAACUGCAUUCGACCAAAUGACAAGACUGAAACUACAACGAAAAUUAUUGUUAUGUUUCAAGACGAAUAUAUAAAAGCUAGCUUUAUUUACGAUCGGCGCUAAACUUUUAAAUUGUACAAAAUGCUAUUUCAUAACAUCUAACUUUAUAUUUGUUGUAGGUUUGUCAAAAUAAUCUCAAAAUUUUAUGUGCAGCAUAAUAUUUCU